UCAGCUAAGCCCACACUCUCUUCUCUCUGCUGCACACACACGCGCUCACACAGCGGUACACACACAUCGAUACAGACACAAACAGAAAGCAGAAGUGGAGAGAGGCUCUGUAUUUGGGGCGACGUGGUUGGUUAUGGCUCAUGGUUCUGACAGUAAUGAUUCCAGUUAUGCCAAGUCCCCUUCGCCAGCGAGUAGCAGGCAGGGCUCCUCAGACAACGUCAAGAAGGUAAUGAGAAGAGAGAAGAACCGUAUCGCUGCCCAGAAGAGCAGGAUGAGACAGACCCAGAAGGCAGACAGUCUACACCUGGAGAGUGAGAACCUAGAGAAGGAGAACGCAGCUCUGAGGAAGGAGGUGAAGAGACUAACAGAAGAGGCCAAGUAUCUCUCCUCCGUCCUGACUACCCAUGAGCCUCUCUGCACCGGCCUGGCCCCUCAGACGACCCAUGGCCUCCUGUACUCCCCGCAUCAUCACUCCGUCUCCCCCCACCACCACGGGAGCAGUGCCUUUCACCAGCAGCACAGUAUUGCUGUGUCUCACUACCAGCACUGAUCACCACAGACCAACAAGGGGGACUGGAGAGAAGCUGGAGACGUUUAGUGACCUUGGUACACUAUGGCACCCUAUUUACUUAGUAGUGCACUACUUUUAACCAGAGCCCUAUGUGUCAAAAAGUCGUGUACUAUAUAGAGCCACUUGAACAGAAUGGGUAGAGUAAAAUGACUUCCGAACCCAUCUCUACGACGUGACUAUAGAGUCAAUCAAUGUAUGGACAAUGCAAAUAGUCCAUGUCUAACUAUAGGACAGAAAACCCAACAUGAUCGCAAUACCAGAACACCAUUUUGUGGAAAUGUUUCUUGUCCUCUAUUCAUACAAUGAUGAAUGAUAAAAAGGAUUGUUUUAUAUGUUUUUUAAAAAGUUUUUUUUAUUUUUUAUUUUAUUCUUUUGUAUAUAACAUUUGAUCCCUUCAAUCUUGGAGGUUACAGUGUUUGUAUGCAUUGCUCUUGUGUCAGUUGUAAAUUUGACCUUUUUAAAUAUUCGAAGUAACGCUGAAGUGUAUCACUGGUCCUACUUUUUUUUUUCAACAGUUUUGUUAUUUUAGUGUUUAUUGGCCAAAACAAAAAAAAAUGUAAUAGUGCAAUUGUUUUACUUGAAAUACUCAGGAUACAAUCCCACAUCGUAGAUGAUAACAACAGGUUAUUUGUGAUGGAGGUAGAAGGGCAUUUGAUCAAAUUGUGCUUUAAUGACUCCAAUGAUGUUGAAAAUUUUAUUGUCAAAACAAACAAUGCUGCUUUUCUAUUUUGAUACCAACAAAUGUAUUAUCUGCAUCAUGUAAGUGCUAUCUGACAACCAGACAAUCACUUUGAUAACGAAAUCAUCACGUUAAUCUGUAUGAUCGUUAGGUGGCGCUGUGUACCUAUAAGUAACGGUAAAGUAACGGUAAAGCAUUGUCUCUAUUGUCAAUCUAUGUGGUCACUAGGUGGCGCUGUGUAUUUGUAAGGUACUCGAUUGUUCAUCUAUAUGGUCGCUAGGUGGCGCUGUGUACCCAUAAGUAAAGGUAAGGUACAGUAAAGCAUUGUAUGCUACAAUAGGAAUGUUUAUCUGAUUGCACUGAGACAGGAGGACUUACACUGUCUUUAGUUUACCAUAAGUAGUGAUUGUACUUUUUAAAUAUUUUCUGUUGUAUUGAAAC